CUGAACAUGCCAUAACCUCGGGUUGGUUUAGUUUUGGAGGACUGCACUGUUUCCAUCAUCAGUCCAUUUUCCAGAAGGGAUUUUCCUCAAAUCGCUUUAAUUCUGCCUUCAGUGAGCGUCAAUUUAUUCACUCUGUCAUCUCAAGUCAAGGAGUUUCCGGAGUUGAAAAUCUGCUAUAAAUUAUAGGAAGCGAGAUGUGGAAAGAUGUACUGCCUUGAGAACUGAGCAUUAGUGGUUCCGAUCUCAGUUUCUUUUGCACAGAGGUGGAAUUUCCCCACAUGAUUUGAGCCAAGUCAUUUCCCUUAUGUUCCUACACGAGUUAAGACUGUUAUCUUUGACACUUAAGUUUGUGUUUGCAUGAUCGGUGAUAUCCUCAUUAGCCAUGCUUUGUUCAUAUUUUCUGCGAAAUCGUCUUUCAAUCGUCCGAGUCGUCCUUGUUCGUGUUGCUACUUAUGGUGUUUAUAAUAAUUUCUGAUAAAACAGUGAUGCAAGGCAGCAACUGCAAAACACUUUGUCAUCUAUAAUAUAAAAACAAAAAACUGCGGAUGCUGGAAAUCCAAAACAAAAACAGAAAUACCUGGAAAAACUCAGCAGGUCUGGCAGCAUUGGCGGAGAAGAACAAAGAUGCCAACGGAUCUGCUGUCCAUUUCCUACAUAUUUAGUUCCCAGUUUUGAAGAAUUGAAAUAGUUACUGAUGAUACUGCACCAUUACACUGUGGAUAGACACUCCUAAGGAUCUAUCAACAAUGUUUUCCAUAGAAAAAUCAAUUUCUGCUUGGGCAUGGGUGUCCUUUUCGCUAUGUGCUUGUAUUAUUGAAGGUGAAUUGUCAUUGCUUUGCCAUGAUGUUGAUUCGACGCCAAAAGUGGUUAAACUACAAUCAAAUGUAUCGCUGUCAUGUGCAUUACGAGAGGAUUGCCUCGAAUCAUUAGAUGCAAAUGCAAGCCACAUAUUCUGGAAAAUAAAUGAUACCCAGAUUUCACGAAAGCAAUAUCAUUUCAAUGCAACUGUUUCCCGUGUAACCUUUCUUGCAGUGAAAGGUUAUUUGACAUGUCACGUUAACAUGAAAGGAGUAACAAAUAUCCUUCACCGUUUUACAAUUGAAGCAGGAUUGCCUCCUGAUAAGCCAAAAAAUAUUUCCUGCAUUUCAUACUGGCAAAAAAACUUUACUUGUUUCUGGGAUCAAGGGCAUGAAACUUAUAUAGAAACUCAUUUUACAGUAAUUAGAAAACAGGAUGAAUUGGUAAAGGACACCUGUUUUACCUCGAAUCGCAUGUGUUCCUUUAUGUUUCCGCAUCUGUAUAUUGUUGGAAAUUUUAAAAUGAUUGUAACGGCGCAGAAUGCUCUCGGCAAAGCUGAGUCUGACCCUUUACUCCUGGACACUUGGCAUACUUGGAAAACUGAUCCUCCUCAGAAUGUAACUGUUCAUUCUAUCCGGGGUCAGUUGGGGUCUUUGCUUGUAACCUGGCAUGAAGCUACAGUGAAGCCACCAAGACUUGUGUUAUUCUAUGGCCUCCAAUACCAAAUGGUUGGUACAGGCAAAUGGAUUCAGGGAACAGAAGAAAAAAUUAAAAACACGUCAUUUGUAAUUAAGAACCUCAAAUUCCACACCAACUAUACAGUUGCUGUGCGAUGCAUUGGUGAAGAUCAGCCCUACUGGAGUGACUGGAGUUCAAAGAAAACUGGAUUAACUUCUGAAGCUAAGCCAUCAAAACGACCAACCCUUUGGAGGCAGGUUAAACAACUUGAUUCUCAGGGAAAUAGAAAAGUACAUCUUCUGUGGAAGGCAUUAAACAGGUUUGAAGCAAAUGGAAUCAUCUUAGGAUACAGAUUGUGGUAUGAGAAAAGAAGGGAUCCAACAGUGAUGCAACCGUGUAAUUCAACAUCCUUGAAUUAUUCUUUUAUCCUGACACAUGAAGCAUACGUUGUAACUGUGGUUGCCUAUAACUCAGCGGGUGUCUCUCCUAAAGCCACUUUGAUUGUUCCAGCAAUAAAUCAGACAGAUCUUACAACUGUUCAAUACGUUAAAAUUACACCACAGAAUAACCAACUGCUUGUACAGUGGAAGACUUCAAGACCACCUGAUAAUGGAUAUGUCAUUGAAUGGUGUUUGAUUUUGGAUACAAAUCCAUGUGCUGGGCCGUUACACUGGCAACACGAGGACAACACUUCUGAAAUGACUUACUUACAGGGAGAUUUAGAACGAUUCAAGCGCUACAACAUCUCUGUUUAUGCUAUGUACAAUGAUGGUCCAGGAAAUCCAUUUUCAGUACCGGCAUACCUACAGCAAGAUAUUCCGGCAGAAGGCCCAGAUAUUGUUGCUCCAAUUGUGAAAGGCACGGAAGCCACAAUUAAAUGGCAUGAAAUCCCAGUGGAAAAGCAACGUGGGUUUAUCACCAAUUACACCAUCUUCUAUAAAUCUGCGAAAGGUGAAAAUGCUGUAACUGUGAAUUCAACUGUUCAUGAAUAUACACUGAAGUCUCUGCAGAAAAAUACUGAAUACACGUUAUAUAUUAUGGCAUCCACAGAGAAGGGAGGCAGAAACGUGUCGACUUACUUCACAACAGAUGAACUUGAGCAAGAAGAUACUGUGGUGAUUGUGGUGCCUGUACUUGUCUGCUUCCUACUAAUAGUAAAUUUCUUGAUAAUCUGUUUCAGAAAUAAACAUAGGAUUAAAAAGCGCAUUUGGCCUGAUGUUGCAGAUCCAGCAGGCAGCACUUUGGCUGAUUGGUUUCAUGAAUGUCAAUAUAAGAAUGGCCAAACCCCUAAACUACUGAAUCCAGGGAGUGAUUUCAACACUGACUUCAGCACGGUUGAAGUCUUAUCUCUGUCUGAGGAAAGCAUGCUACAACCUGUAAGGAAAGAAAAAACUUCACAGCUUCACACAGCAGAAUUAGAAUUUUCCCUUACUGUGUCUCCCCCUCAACAGAGCACUUCAAAUGGUGAAAAGGAUAAUUUGUUACAGUCUAUGAAUACAGUAAUGUACACGGUCUUGGAGCAAGGCUACAAAAGCCAAAUCCCUGACAUUAGCAGGUCAUUGUCAAAACAGCCGCUACUUUCAAUUACUUCGCAAAAAUGUACAAGCGACUUUGAAACUGAAAUAAAUGCAGUUGAAGGAGCGGAAGAAAACUGGUGUCCACAAAAUACUGAUGAAAAUGAUGUGUUUCAACCAAUAGCUAAAACCAAUCCAUAUUUGAAGAACUCCUUAAAUGUGACGGAGUCGCAAAUUGCACCAGGUCUAGAUAGCUCAAGCGAUCCUGUGUUUGAUAAUUGCUGCAACGUGGACAAAAAAUUACAAGGAGAUACUGAAACUUUGGAUCUGAACCUGCAGAGUUCUCAGCAAGAUAAUCAACUAACUAACCCAGUGCAAACUUACAUUACAGUGGAAUUACUGGGAUUUAUGCUAAACAAUGAAAUGUAAUUGACUAUCUGUUGUACACAGCAAGCCUUUCACAUCAGAAACCUUAUGUUUUCAGAAUUAUAAAGAAAAAUAAGUGCACAGCAAGUCUGUUGAGAUAUGAAAAGAGAAAAAUAUGUUAAUACUUCUGCAAUUCUGACUGGACAUUAACCUAUUUUUUGUCUCUUUUGGAUUCAUGUCCAUUAUUUUUAUAAUUUUAUCUCAGCAUUUGCAAUUUAUUCUUUUUAAAUACUUUUUCUGUAGACCUGAGCCACAACUGUUCUUAAGUUGAGUAUCAAUGUAAUGCUUGUCAGAACCAUUAUAAGAGAAUAAUUCAUAUAACAGGCUCCAGUUACCAUCCAUCACCUUACCCUCAACAACAAAAUUGGAGUCAUACUAUGGCCUCUGCCCCCAACAGUUAAUCCCAAAAUGGAGGAGAGGGUUACAAGACAAAAGUGGGGAACAAUGCAAGCAAGAAGACUUAAGUCUAAAAUAUGUAUUUGUGUACAAACCCUUAAUGUGCUGACAAUACAUCCCCUUGUCUAUUGGCUUAACAGAAACUAUACCAGUGCUACACAGUGCAACACCUUGGCCCAACAGUGUCAGUAUGUGUUGCAGUUGUACAACACAUUGAUGAAGAUAGUGAUGUUUGAAUUUAAUGGAAUUAAAUAUACGUAACAAUUUGCUCAAGGCCUGGUUGUGGAUAGAAAAGGCAAAUAAUAUACUAGAUUCUCUCGGGAGAACAAUAGAGUGCAAUUUGAAAUAGAUUAUAUGACUGUUAAGGAUGAUAAUUUUAAGUUCAAAUUCUUCUCUAUAUCCACAACCUCCUCCAGAUCAACCGUCCUCAGAUCACUGUGCUUGUCCAAUUCUGGCCUUUUCUGCCUCCAUGUGCUUCAUUGCUCAACCAAGGACAAGUUUUCAGCUGCGUGAGAUCAGAAAUUCUUUCUCUAAUCCUCUCCCAUCCCUCUCUCCUUCCUUUAAAUCGCUCAUUAAAAUAUGCCCCUUUGACCAAGUUUUAUUCACUUCUUAUAUUUCUCUAUAUGGCUUUGUGUGAAAUUUUGCAUUUCUGUGAAGCACUGUGGGGAAUUUUUACUACUUUAAAGACACUAUAUAAAUAAAAGUUGUUAUUGUAUAAGGUAUUUGUAAGUCCUCCACCUGGAGCAAUAGUUAGGUCACUUGUCCAACAACAACAAUGUCCCAAGGAGUUUUACGGGAGCAUUAUAAAACAAAGUAUGAUGCCAAGCCACAUAAGGCGAUAUUAGAUCAGAUGAACAAAAGUUUGGUUGAAGAGGCAGGUUUUAAGUACUGUCUCAAAGGAGGAAAGUGAGGUGCAGAGGUGUAGGGAGGGAGUUCUAGACCAGUGGGGUCUGGACAACUCAAGGCACAGCCAACACUGGUGGAGCAAUUAUAAUUGCUAUGCACAAAAGGCCAGAAUUUGAGGAGUGCAGAUGACUCAAAGGUUAUGGAGCUGGAAGAGAUACAGAGCUAGGGAGAGGCAAGAUCAUGGAGGGUUUAUGGAUGAGAAUUUUAAAGCCAUGAUGUUGCUUGACCAGAACCCAAUAUGGGUCAACGAGUACAUACAUGAGAGGAGAAGGGAGGUCAGUUAUCUCAGUUCUAGGACAUCAAUGCAGGAGUUCCUCAGGGUAGUGUCCUAGGCCCUACCAUCUUCAGCUGCUUCAUCAAUGACCUUCCUCCCAUCAUAAGUUCAGAA